GAAGCGUAGCUGUCCCGGUCAGUCAUCUCUAGGUAAGGCGCCCAGGCGGACGCCCUUUAAUAGUUUGUACCCAAUUGUCUGUGAUAUUUUGUGCCAGCCAGCGUAACUAAUAACCAUGAAGUUAAAGUCAGAACUCCUGGAGCAGCCAGCCGGCGAGAUGUGGAAAAAGAUCAGAGAAGAGCUGAAGGAGGAUUUGGAGACUACUGACAGGGACGCGGCCCUCAUCAGGGACUGGAUGAAGAAGCAGCCUCACUUACCGGAUGAUUGGGAUUACCAAUGCCUGCUCACUUUUCUUCGCGGCAGUAGCUUUUCGCUGGAGAAGUGUAAGCGUAAGCUGGACAUGUACUUCACGAUGCGAGCUGCUUGCCCUGAGUUCUUCACUGAGCGGGACAUCACUAAGCCAGCUCUGAAGGACGUAUACAUGACCAAAAUACAAGGUCCGCCACUGCCCGGGAUUACUCCAAAUGGAAGAAGAGUCACGUUAAUCAGAGGCACCCAUCCCAAUCUCGAUGCAAAGCAGAUCACCGACGUGUUAAAAUUGGCGUUGAUGAUCGGUGACGUUCGACUCACGGAGGAGAAGACUGGGGUUGCUGGAGACGUGUACAUAAUUGAUGCCACGGUCCUGGGACCUAGUCUCUUAGCUAGGCUGUCUCCUAGCGUCAUUAAGAAGUUCUUGAUUUGUGUCCAGGAAGCGUAUCCAGUUAAACUGAAAGAAGUCCACAUCAUCAACACAUCGUCAAUCGUUGAACGCUUUGUAAACUUCAUCAAACCUUUCCUCAAAGAGAAAAUCAGGAAAAGAAUAUACGUCCACAAAGGCAUGAAAGAGCUAAGCAAACAUAUCCCUCUGGAUAUGCUGCCAGCUGAGUACGGCGGCAAAAGCCCCAGCAUUGACGUUCUACAUGAACAAUGGCGACUGAAGUUAGAAGAGUACCGAGACUGGUUCGCUGCGCAGGAGUCAGUGAAAGCCAACGAGGCGCUCCGGCCGGGUCGGCCGACCAACUACGAUGAACUCUUCGGGAUCGAUGGCUCCUUUAGACAGUUGUCUAUCGAUUAAGCUUAACCAGACCGCUUAGCAUGACUUGCUUUGCCGCGCGCGACUCCAUGUGACUACCGCGACUUCAAGUAUGCAGUCGCGCUUGACAGCGCAUGUCAUGCGGUCAGUUGUCCUAUGAAGGGAGAGGUAAGGAGAAAACUCUCUUAUGGGAGAAAAGUCGCAAAAACAUCCAGCUGGACAGCUGACGCUAUAAAUAACAGUUCUUAAUUUCUCCAGAGUGGCGCUAGUGUAGAUAUAGGACGUGAAAUGAACUUAGCCGUCAUAGACGGAGUGAAGUGCGCUGUCCGCUUUUUUUAAUCAAAUAUUCUAGGUAUUGUGGCGGUUAAGCUUUUUUGACGGGCAUAUUUUCAUACACAGAGAUUGUUCUACUUACAUCUACCCUCCAUAAGUUGUAGGUUUUAAUGACUGGUUAUAGAAUUAAAAAUUUGGUAUUAUGUUAAAAAAAACUUUAACAAGACCGCACGUAAUAUGUGAUAUUUUACUGGAUUGAGUGGAGUUAUUGUAUUAAGCAGCAUUUCAGAAUUAGGCUCCAGAUGUGAUAAGACAUAGGGUCAUGAUAACAAAAUCACAUUUUAUGUAAUUAUAAUUUAAUUAGUACUUUAUGUUACAGAAUUACAAAUGGGAAAAUCUAGAAUAAUAAAAUUUUAUGGCAUACUUAUGUUUAUUUUGUAAACAUUGAAAAUACAUUUUAUAUGAAGUACUAUCUAGUAUUUUGAGAA